UUUGCAUUUGUAGAAGAAAUAAAAAUGAGCCAAUCCCAAGUUCAGUUUUCUCCUCUAAAAAUGUAUAACCGGGAAGCUGGCCCCCUUCAAGAAAAUUUUGUACAACAGCUGAGCCUGAAAAUUGGGUUUUGGCAAUGUUUAUUAAUUUACAUCAAUUUUCCAUAAACUUAGAAAAGCCUUUUAAUAGCAAGAUUACUAUUUUUGGUGAUGAGCUCCAUCCAAGAAACAGAUUUGAAGGCCGAGGAUUGCUCAGAAACAUCACAAAGAGUCUCUCAAAAAAUAGAGAUGCUUCUCAAAAUAAUGGAAGAACUUUCAGUACGGCAAACUUUGCAUCCUUUUCAAAGCUUGCGCAGAGAGCUGUAGAUUCAUCAUCUAAAUGGUUUAGCCCUAAAACUUGGAGAUACACUAUCGGCCCUACAUUUGCUAGCUUAUUUCAAAGGAUAUAGC